GGGUUACCUGGUUGCCGCGCCCUCUGUUUUUCGAGCGGGCGUCGAGGAGCGCGUGAGCGUGACCAUCUUUAACGCUCGAGCGGAGACGCGGGUCCAGGCCCAGCUGUCCAUGAAGGGACAGACGGUCGCCCACGGCCACAGCUCCGUGCUCGAUAAAGGCACCAUCAAACUAAAGGUUCCCUCUGGUUUAAGAGGCCAGGCCCACCUGAAGGUGUGGGGAAACCGUCAGCUCACAGAGGGAGGUUACAUUUUCCACAACUACACCACCGUCACUGUGGAGAGCAAGGGCACCGCUGUGUUCAUCCAGACCGACAAACCCAUCUACAAACCCAAACAUAAAGUGCUCAUCAAUGUUUACACAGUCACGCCUGACACAAGACCAGUGAAUGAAAAGAUGGAUGCGUAUAUUUUGGAUCAAGGAUGAUCCAGUGGAAAAGUCUUAAGUCUGUCUGCUGUGGAAUUGUGAACAUGAGUUUCCCCCUGUCUGACCAACCCRUGUUUGGAGAAUGGUUUAUCUUUGUAGAUGUGCAGGGCCACAUUUACAACAAGUCGUUCGAAGUGCAGAAGUAUGUGAUGCCCAAAUUUGAGUUGAUCAUCGAUCCACCGCGUUACAUCCGGGAUAUUACCUCAUGUGAACAGGCCACUGUCAGAGCCAGGUAUACCUUUGGAAAACCAGUGACAGGGAAGCUGACAGUAAAUAUGACUGUUAAUGGAGUUGGCUACUACAGGCAUGAGAUGGGCCAUCCUGUUAUUAAAUCUAUGGAGAUCAAAGGCUCUGCAACUUUCAGUCUGUGUGUGAAGGACAUGAUGCCGCUGGAUGUGGCCGAUCACUUCAAGGGGACAGUUAGCAUUUGUGCCUCGGUGACCAGCAUCGAUGGAAGCAGGCAAACCACUUUUGAUGAUUCAACACCGGUUCAUAAGCAGCUCAUUGACAUCAAGUACUCCAAGGAUACACGUAAACAGUUCAAGCCUGGUCUGCCUUUCAAAGGGAAGAUUGAAGUUACCUUUCCUGAUGGGAGCCCAGCUGAUAGCGUAAGCAUGCUUGUUAAGGCCGAGCUGACUCCAAAGGACAAUGUCUACACCAGUGAACUGAUCUCAAAGGACGGCCAAGUCACUUUUGAAAUCCCCUCCAUACCAACAGCAGCUCAGUAUGUUUGGCUUGAGACCAAGGUGACAUCCAUUGAUGGCAAGACAGUGGGAGACCAGUACUUACCUAGCUACCUGUCCAUUAGUAGUUGGUACUCUCCAAGUAGGUGUCAUAUCCAGAUCCAGAGUCCCAGCGCUCCUCUUAAAGUUGGUCAAGAGGCUGAAAUAGUCCUCAAAUCUACAUGUCCCUGUAACUUCACUCUGCACUACGAGGUGAUAUCCAGGGGAAACAUUGUCCUAUCAGGCAAACAGCCGGCCAAUCUGACAGCCUCGCAUCGAGGAAAAAGGGCAGCAGUGACCUUUGAUAAGAUAGUUCACACCACCCACCUCCCUCCUCCUGCCUCUGACUCUUCCUCCGAGGCUGAGCUGGACACCUGCYUGUCUUAUCUACAUUUCCCUGUCAGUCACAGCAUGGCGCCCCUCAGCCGUCUGCUGGUCUACUAUGUGAGRAAGAAUGGCGAAGGUGUAACAGACAGUCUGCAAAUCUCUGUCCAGCCUGAAUUUGAAAACCAGGUAUCCGUUUCUUUGUCGUCGAAUGACUCUGUUCCUGGAGACCCAAUGACCCUGCAUGUGCGGGCUGAGAGGGGCUCGUGUGUUUGUGUGGCCGCUGUGGAUAAAAGUCUUUACUUGGUAAAACCUGACUUUCAGCUAAGUCCCGACAAGGUGUUUAAAGAGUUGGCCAGCUUCGACGUUUCCGAUGUUUUUGGCAAUGCUAAAGACGACGGACACAUGUGGUGGCCUGGACUGUCAUCAAAGAGACGCAGGCGGUCUUCKGUGUUUCCAUGGCACUGGGACAUCACUAAAGACGCAUGCUUUGCUUUCACGGAAGCGGGGCUGGUGGUGAUGACAGACAUGGUGAGUUUAAACCACCGGCAGAGCGGAGGGAUGUACACUGAUGAGGCUGUUCCUGCCUUCCAGCCUCACACGUCCACUUUGGUGGCUGCCAUGCAUUCCCGCCUCUCCCACAGAUCUGAGAAACGAAGGCGUACUUUUUUUCCAGAAACUUGGGUGUGGCAUUGCCUCAAUGUCAGCUCUGAAACUGGGGAGGCUGACCUGCAGCUGGACGUGCCAGAUUCAGUCACCUCUUGGGUCACGGAGGCUGUUGGCCUGUCUGCGGAGAAGGGACUGGGUUUAGCAGAGAGGACAGAACUACGGACCUUCAAGCCGUUCUUUGUUGACUUUACAUUGCCCUACAGCCUAAUCAGAGGGGAGCAGACCAAAGUUCCUCUCACUGUCUACAACUACCUGCCUACUUGUUCGGAGGUUCAUGUGAAAGUGUCCGUUCCAAAAGGCGUCAAAUUUAUUGGCCAUCCUGGGAAGCACCAUCUUACCAGAAAGAAGUGUGUUGCACCUGGAGAGGCUACUCCUACAUCUAUUGUGUUGUCUUUCACUGAACUGGGAUUGGUUAACAUUACAGCCCGUGCCAUUGCCUACAAUGCACCAAGCUGUUGUUCAGAUGGACUCCUGACAGGCAAAAUAGCAAAUUAUGUGGAUGAACGGAAGAUCUCAACCGGCCUGGAUUAUGUCCGCAGAACUGUCUUGGUGGAGCCAGAGGGGCUUCCCAGAGAAUACACAUACAGUGUUUUCUUCUGUCCUAAUGAGAGGAUCCACAUUUCCACUCCUAAUAAGUACGAGUAUCAGUAUGUCAAAAAACCAGCCAAGAUGGACCACUUUGAGGUGGCAGUGAAGACGCACAACAAUGCUCAUUUUGCCCUCUCAGCUAGUCCCCAUGACAGCACAGGGAUGCUUGAGAUUGUAUUAGGUGGCAGGCAGAACACACGCUCUUGGAUUUCCUUGGGGAAAAUGGGCGAUCCUCUGGUCAGUGUCUCCACACCCGGUAUUCUGUCGUGGGAUGAGUUUCGCAGUUUCUGGAUCAGCUGGAAGGGAGGGAUGAUACAGAUGGGCCAUGGUGUAUAUCCAUCCAAUGAAUCUAUCAUUCUGCAGUGGGCAGGCCAAUUCCCUGGACAGGUGCAACACAUUGGCUUUUCAACAGGGUGGGGCUCAGUUGGAGAGUUUAAGAUCUGGAGGAAGGAAGACUCUGAUGAUGACCACAAUGAGGCCUUCACACUGGGGGUCCCCCACAAUAUGGUGCCAGGAUCAGAAAGGGCCACUGCAUUUAUGAUCGGGGAUGUUAUGGGACCAACUCUGAAUAACCUGGAUAAGCUGUUGAGGCUGCCCUUUGGGUGUGGUGAACAAAACAUGAUUCACUUCGCUCCGAAUGUCUUUGUUUUGAAGUACUUGCAGAAGACCAGACAACUGACCCCAGAAGUUGAAAAUGAAGCAACUGAUUAUCUGAUUCAAGGCUACCAGAGACAAUUAACCUACAAGCGUCAGGACGGAUCUUACAGUGCUUUUGGUGAAAGGGAUUCCUCCGGCAGUAUGUGGUUGACAGCAUUUGUGCUGAAGUCCUUUGCUCAGUCUCGUGCUUUUAUCUUUAUUGACCCCGAAGAGCUUCGUGCAGCAAAGUCCUGGCUCAUCAGACAUCAGAGAGAUGAGGGCUUCUUUCCUGCUAUGGGACGCAUCCUGAACAAAGACCUGCAGGGAGGUAUCCACGGGAAGAUUUCUCUGACAGCUUAUGUCGUCGCAGCUCUUUUGGAGACGGGGAUAACCACAGAGGAAGAGAAGGUAGCAAUGGCCAAAGCCAAGGAUUUUUUGGAAAGCAAUGCAUACACUGCCAAUGAUCCCUACACCACUGCUCUGUCUGCGUACGCCUUGGCUUUGCUUCGCAGCCCUUUUGCCCCGCUGGCUUUGCGCCGCCUCAACCACAUGGCCAUCACUCAAGAUGGACUCACACACUGGAGUCUGACUGGCAGCACGGUGACCGAUGAAGACACGUUCAUGGGCUUCAGUGAUGGCCUCUCACGGUCAGUGGUGUCGGCGGAGGUGGAGAUGACGGCCUACGGUCUCCUGACCUACACCGUCCUGGGUGACGUUGCGUCUGCGCUGCCUGUGGUCAAAUGGCUCUCCCAGCAAAGGAAUGCCUUGGGUGGUUUCUCUUCCACACAGGACACGUGCGUGGCUCUGCAUGCCCUGUCAGAGUAUGCUAUCCUGUCAUACGUAGGUGGGGUCAACCUCACCAUCUCUCUGGCCUCCACUAACCUCGACUUCCAGGAGACCUUUGAACUGAACAGGGACAACAAGAAACUCCUUCAGAGUGCCAAGAUACCUAGUGUCCCCACAGGCCUUUUUGUCAGUGCUAAAGGAGAAGGCUGCUGCCUCAUGCAGAUAGACGUGUCCUAUAAUGUACCCGAUCCAGUAGCGAAGCCAGCUUUUCAGCUCCAGGUGGAACUGAAAGAGCCUCUUCAGGAGCGACACACGCAGCCCUCUUCCUCCUCUUCGUUCCACUCGUGGCAGUCCACGUCACGCUCCAGAAGCCGUGCCGACAAUCGCUCCGAUCUGAACCGGAAACGGCGGGCGCCCGUCGACGACGAUGACCCGGCAGCCCACCAGGACAAGAUGAACUUCCAGAUUUACUUGGAAGUGUGCRCCAGGUGGCUCCACUCAGGCUCGUCUAACAUGGCAGUCAUAGAAGUUCCCAUGAUUUCUGGUUUCCGGGCAGAUGUGGAAAGUCUAGAAAGGCUUUUGAUGGAUAAGAGAGUGGGUCUGAAGAGGUAUGAGCUGAACGGCAGAAAAGUGUUGUUCUACUUUGAUGAGAUUCCCAGUCAGUGUAUGACGUGUGUGGCCUUCCAAGCUGUCAGGGAAUACAUUGUGGGCAAGACGGCACCUGUUCCCGUCAAGAUCUAUGACUACUAUGAACCAGCUUUUGAGGCCACCAGRUUCUACAACGUUAGUGAGAGCAGUCCACUUGCACGGGAGCUGUGUGAUGGACCAACGUGCAAUGAGGUGGAGAGCUCAACAAACCMGUGGAUAGGUUUUGCACAAGCAAACCAGUGCAACAUGUUCGGUUGCUUUGAGAAGGAGCAGUUCGAGCGCUGCACGUGCUAUAGGGACUGCGGCUACGAGGGGGAGCCUGUUUGUGGAUCUGACGGGCAGCUCUACUGGAACCAGUGUCAGAUGGAGGUGUUWGCCUGUCGAAACGGGACGCGUAUAAAGCAGGUUCCACCCUCUCAGUGUCCACACGUGGACAUCCCCAGAGACACACAGCCAGUAGUGAGCCAGGAAACGGAGCAACCCUCUGUGCCUGUACACACAGGUGUUGAAGAACAAGGCUCCAUAGCCGAGGUGUCCUACUACUCUUAUGAAUACGACUCGGACGCUGAGCUUUUCCUUGCCGACGGAGACGGAGGAGACCCUUUUGAAGUGCCUGUCAUCGGGGCCGAUGUAGACCAUAAGGUCCUACCGGCAGGCACCCAUCUACCUGCGAUGGACACAAAAACCACCCCUGACCGAUGAACCGCUCCAAGUGAAGCCAUAAUGACCUCCAAAUUGUACCAUAUUUGUGAAUAUGCUUUUAAACGAAAAGAGGACAAACUUGCUUCAGUGAAAAGUCGACUGGGUCUGGAGGGCUGAGAGUGAAAGUUUAAAUUAGAUGAAUGGAGUUUUUAUUUGGAUGCGUCUAUUUC